GCUGAUGGAUAUGGAGGAUAAGGUAGUCGGGCAUCCCAAGGUCUUCCAUCACAACCACCGGAGGACCAUCACAGCAGCCAACAAGGACACAGGUCAGCUUAGACCAUGAGACUCUCCUCUGGUUGGACGAUACUUCUUUACCUGCUGAUUCAUGGAGCUGCAGUAUUCUGCACAGUAAAGAAGCCGAGCAGCCACCCUGGAAGGUUUGCAAAUGCCACCUUGGUGCGUCUGGCCGAGUUCUUAAGCACUGGAUACAAGAAAGGGGUGAGACCUGUGAAGGACUGGAGGACGUCCACUCUGGUGGCCAUAGACCUCAUGGUGUACUCCAUCCUCAAUGUGUCAUGGACGGAUGAAUUCCUGGUGUGGAACCCAGAGGAUUUUGAUGAAGUCAAACAAGUUUCCCUGCCCACAGCAAACGUCUGGGUUCCUGACAUUCUCAUCAAUGAGUUCGUCGAUGUGGGGAAGUCUCCAGAUAUUCCUUAUGUCUAUGUUACACAUGAGGGGCUGGUGCAAAAUUACAAGCCCAUCCAGGUUGUCACUGCCUGCACACUCAACAUCUACAACUUCCCAUUUGAUGUCCAGAAGUGCAGCCUUACCUUCCAGAGCUGGCUCCAUACCAUCAAUGACAUCAACAUCACCCUGAUGAGAAGCCCAGAGAAGCUCAGGGACGACAAGAGCGUCUUCAUGAACCAAGGAGAGUGGGAGCUGCUGCACAUCCUGUCCAACUACAAAAUCUUCAGCGUGGACAAUGACGACUAUUAUGCAGAGAUGAAGUUCCACGUGGUGAUCCGACGGCGGCCUCUGUUUUACACCGUGAAUCUGCUGCUGCCCAGCAUUUUCCUAAUGGUAAUGGACAUCGUCGGUUUCUAUCUGCCUCCGGACAGCGGAGAGAGAGUCUCCUUUAAGAUCACUUUGCUGCUCGGCUACUCCGUCUUCCUCAUCAUUGUAUCCGACACUCUACCUGCCACUGCCAUUGGAACGCCGCUGAUAGCCCAGUGCUCCCUCCACCACACCUGUGAAAUAGGCCAGAGGCUCAGCCAACCGGACAGAGAGGUGGGGAUGCUAGGACUUCGUCUGCCCCCUUCCAGGGACAACACCCCGCCUGUCAUGGACAAUAUCCUGCAGGAGGUGACGGCGAUCCGGCAGUUCCUGGAAAAGAGGGACAGGUGUCGGGAAAUCGCCAAAGAGUGGCUCCAGGUUGGCUACGUGCUGGACGUGCUGCUCUUCAGGGUCUACCUAGUGGCUGUGGUUGCCUAUAGCAUCACACUGGGCACUCUGUGGUCAGUUUGGCAGGUGGCCUGAGUUUCGCCCCUAGUCUCAGGGUAGGUGAAUAACAAAUAAGAAUCACAGAGUAAGUGGUUUAAGUACAUCAGAUUAAAGGAGGCAUUCACGAAUAGGGAAAUGACUCCUGUAGAUGAGCCCUCAAUGUAAAUUGACCUAAAUGUCCUCAUAAACAUUACAUUUUAAGCCUAAUUAAGUAGAUUAAAGGCAUAUGACUAAAAUAGGCUUUAUAAGGAGCGGCAAAAAGCUUUCUAAGAUUCUCAGAUUGUCAUUCCAGCCAAGUAUUAUUUCAUUAAAUAUAUAAGAAAUGAAAAUUCUAUACAUAGAUAUUAAAUUGUAGAAAAACAUCUCUUAUAUUUUGCAAAAAACGUAUUGACUGAGAAACUACAGAUUGUCUGAUGGCAAAUCAUUCUUCUGGACUGCUUCCUGCAUAUACAGCAUAGUUGCUUAAAGAAGAAGAAACUUUAGACGGGUGAAAAGACACAAUGCAUUGAGAGUUUC